UCGGAGGGGAGGGGGAAGAGGCGAGGGAGUGGCGCAAAGCGUCGGCGCAUGCGCGCUGGGGCGGCUGCGGCUCGUUCGUAGCGGCGGCAGCUUUUCCUCACUCAAGUCAGGCGGAAUGUGAAGCGAGGCUCUGUUGAGGCGAGGCGGUUGACCUGUCGGUCGUCGAAGGGCGGCUUUCCCCCUCACAGUGGGCCUCGGGCCCUCACUGCGUUGCGAGGCGUUCCUGAGGGAAGAAGCAGCUUAAGAAGGGGCGGCUCCUUGGGCGGUGAAGCAGCAGCAGCAGAAGCAACGGCUCCCUUCGGAGACUGAAGCACUUCUCGCCCGCCAUGAAGAAGUUUUCCCGCAUGCCCAAGUCUGAGGGGAGCGGAGGGAGUAAUAGCAGCGGAGGCGGCGGCGGAGGAGGCGGAGGAGGGACGCUGGCGGCGGGCGGCGUGGUGGGAGCCGGGCCCGCGGUGGGCAGCAGCAGGGUCUUCGCCGUCGGGCGCUUCCAGGUCACCGUGGAAGAGCUGCUGGCGGAAGGUGGCUUUUCCACAGUGCUGCUUGUGCGCACACAUGGUGGAGUUCGGUGUGCAUUGAAACGAAUGUAUGUUAAUAAUGUGCCUGACCUCAAUGUCUGCAAAAGAGAAAUAACAAUAAUGAAAGAGCUGUCUGGGCACAAGAAUAUUGUAGGAUAUUUGGACUGUGCUGUCAAUUCUGUGAAUGAUAAUGUGUGGGAGGUGCUCAUAUUAAUGGAAUACUGUCGUGCGGGACAGGUAGUGAAUCAAAUGAACCAGAGAUUGCAGACAGGCUUUACUGAGCCAGAAGUGCUGAGGAUAUUUUGUGAUGCCUGUGAAGCUGUUGCUAGGCUGCAUCAAUGCAAAACUCCCAUUGUUCAUAGAGAUUUGAAGGUUGAGAAUAUUUUGUUGAGUGAUAGUGGAAACUAUGUCCUGUGCGAUUUUGGAAGUGCCACUAAUAAAUUCCUUAAUCCUCAGAAAGAUGGAGUCAAUGUAGUUGAAGAGGAAAUUAAAAAGUAUACUACUUUAUCAUACAGAGCUCCUGAAAUGAUCAACCUUUAUGGAGGAAAGCCAGUUACUACCAAGGCAGAUAUCUGGGCCCUUGGUUGCUUGCUAUAUAAGCUUUGUUUCUUCACACUUCCCUUUGGUGAGAGUCAAGUUGCCAUUUGUGAUGGAAGUUUUACCAUCCCAGACAAUUCCCGUUACUCCCAUGGUAUACACUGUUUGAUAAGAUAUAUGCUUGAACCAGAUCAAGAACGGAGACCUGAUAUCUUUCAAGUAUCUUAUUUUGCCUUUAAACUUGCCAAAAAGGACUGUCCAUUAUCAAACAUUAAUAACUCUCCUAUCCCUUCAGCACUUCCUGAGCCAUUGACAGCUAGUGAGGCUGCUGCUAGGAAAAGCCAAAUCAAAGCUAGAAUAACAGAUUCCAUUGGACCAACAGAAACCUCAAUAGCACCACGGCAAAGACCAAAGGCCAAUACAAGCACUGCCACUUCUAGUGUAUUAGCAAUCCAGAGCUCAGCAACACCAGUCAAAGUGCCAGUUCCUGGUGAUCUUAACAAUGGGCAGAAAGGAGCCUCAAAACCUGGAAGUAGCCAACAGAGCAUGUUGUCCCAAGGAGCUAAUCCACCUUCACAGCAGAACAGAGUGCUCCAACAACUACAGCAGGGUGACUGGAGACUUCAGCAAUUGCAUCACUUACAUCACCAGCAGCAACAGCAAUUGCUUCAAGAUGCAUACGUGCAGCAGGUACAGUAUCAGCAAACAAUGCAGCAGCACAUGAUUCAACAGCAGCUUUUGAUGCGCUCUGUGUACCAGCAACAACCUCCCUCAUCCUCAUAUCCCGCCAUGAUGCAGCAGUACCAACAAGCUCUUCUACAGCAACAGGUCUUUGCGAAGCAGUUGCCACCACCUAAGCAUUCUCCUGAAUUUCUUGCUUCUCCUCAGGAGUUCUCGCCAGCCUUAAUCUCCCAUUCCAAGUCAUUUCCAGCUCAUGUUGGGGCAGCUCUGGACACCCAUUAUUCUACAAAUAGAUUAACUUCCUCUGAUGCAGAGUCUGUUUCCACUUAUCAAAAACAGAACAUCAGUAACCCACCUGAUAUGUCUGGCUGGAAUCCAUUUGGAGAAGACAAUUUCUCCAAGCUAACAGAGGAGGAGCUGUUGGACAGGGAGUUUGACCUCCUGAGAUCAAACAGGCUCGAGGAGAGGAGAACAUCCUCAGAUAAGAAUGUGGAGACACAUUCUGCUCCACAGAACCAUCCUCCAGAAGAUCCCUUUGGUUCUGUACCUUUCAUUUCUCACCCAGGUUCUCCAGGAAGUGAAAUUAAUAGCUCAGCCAGCAAUACAGAACACAAGAUAGAGAGUCCAACCAAAAAUGAAAGGCUUAACCAAGUUGCUGAGGACUGUGAACCUGGAAAGAAAUUGGUGGAAAAACAUACAAAAAAAGGAAGUGAUGAAUCGGAAAGUGAUUUUGAAUCGGACCCCCCCUCUCCGAAGAGCAGUGAGGAAGAGGAGGAACAGGAGGAUGAAGAAGUUUUGCAGGGUGAGCAUGGAGAUUUUAUGGAUGACAAUUACACCGAACCAGAGAACUUUGGCCAGCAUCCUCUUCUCAUGGAUUCUGAGGAAGAUGCAGAAGAUGAUGAUAAGCAAAGUUCUGAUUCUGAUUCUGUUCAUGUUAGGCCUGUAGAGGAGGUGCCUGGUAGUAGAUACAAAAAAGAAGCUGGAAGUGUUGAGACCAAGGAGCCUAUUUUACAAUGCUCUAUAUUGUCUGAGACCAAGGUGAGUCCCAAACAAGAGUUUGAUGUCUUUGGAGCAGUUCCAUUCUUUCCUCUUCAGACUCAAGAGCCUAAACAAAAAGAUAGCAAAGAUUUCUCUCCCCAAGCUGAUUUUCCAGGCUCAGCGCAAGAUCAGGAUGAGUUUGAUGUCUUCACCAAAGCCCCAUUUGGCAGGAAAAUGUCUCAGCAAGAUGAUUUGAUUUCAGGUUGUGAAAAUCAACCUAUUCCUAUAUCUCCUAUGUCUCCUGUGGAUGUUUUUGGAUGUAUCCCAUUCCACCCUUCCUCUGUUUCAAAAAGUGAUGAGAGUAAAGAGGAUCUCUUUGGGCUUAUCCCAUUUGAGGAGAUAGCAGGAAGCGAACAGCAACAGCAACAGAAAGCAAAGCAGCAGCAACGGAAUCUGCAGAAACUCUCUUCUCGCCAGAGACGCAUGAAACAGGAGGGAUCCAAGACCAAUGGAAAGCGCCAUCACGGCACCCCAACUAGCACUAAGAAGACUUUGAAACCCAAUUACCGUACACCUGAAAGAGUCCGAAGGCAUAAAAAGGCUGGUCGCCGGGAUUCCCAGAGCAGCAAUGAGUUCUUGACGAUCUCUGAUUCCAAGGAAAACAUUAGUAUUGCCAUGCCCGAUAACAAAGACAGAGUGAGCUCUCUGCAAACAGAGGAUGCCCUUCUGGAUCCUUUUGGAGCCAAGCCUUUCCACCCCACAGAAUUGGUGCGCCACCCUCAGCAUCAAGGACUGGGUGAUAACCGUGGGGAUCACAACACAGUCGUUCCUGGUAGACCUAGGCAGGGCUCACUGCUUGGCAGUAUUCAGUCUGGCGAUGGACUAAAACUAACAGAUGAUUUUGGGGCAGUUCCUUUUACAGAACUUGUGCCUAGUAUGGCAUCACAACAAAGCCAGCAACAGGCAGGAGAGUUAGAUCCAUUUGGAGCUGCUCCAUUUCCUUCUAAACAGUAGACUCUUCCAGAUUUAUCUCUUGAAUUACAUUAUUCUGAUUAUACACACCACCACAAUAUCCAAGUGGUUGAAAUAAGAGGAAGCUGUUCUUACAAUUACUACUUAAUUCAUUUUCAGUAGUGACUAGAGCCUCUGUUUUUAAGUACAGCAUAUACAGUAUGGCUAUAGUGAAGGGUAAACCUUUUCAAUAAGAAGUUUUUCCCCAAAAGAAAAGUUAUACAUUAGCUACUAUGGCAAUUUUUUAUCCAUCCAUAACCAUUAUGUCCUUCCUGUGGCGCAGUUACACUUCAACAAAUAGAUGGAAAAUUUUAUGUACCGUAAGUGGUCUGAUGGGACAGGAUCCAUCAAUACAAACUUGAAAAAAUGCCUAAAUAAGAAGCUCGAUUUACUUGGAACUGAUUCACAGUGUUUGAUCUAAAGCUUUAUUCUCUCUUAAACAUCUUGGAACAUUGGUUUGUUGGCUUAAGAUUGAUUCCUACAGCAUGUUUGAAGAAAUCCAGAUGUCUCUUUAUAUAUGUAUGCCAGAACUCUGCUUUUUUCCAAUAAGUGCCAUUAACCUGAAACAGGGAUAGCUGUAACUCUUUUAAGAUUUCAAGAAUUUUGGUAGAGUACAGUACUCGAACAAAUUGGGAAUGUUGAAAGGAAAUUGCAGUACACAGCUGGACUUGUACAGUCCAUUUCAGAAGAGAGAGACUUUUAUUUGCAUGUAGUGUCUGAAAAGACAAGGGCGAACAGAAACCAGAAAACGUGUAGCAAGUUCAGACCUGUAAAAAUAUUAAGUGUGAUUUUUACCCAUUGUCUAGUUCCUUUAACUGGGCUUUUGUAUUACAGAUAAACUAUGGAUGUCCUAAAAGUGGUUUUUUAACCCCCUUCCAAGAUUGCUCUUAAUGUUUUUCAUUCUCUCACAAUAUUAUACUUCUAAGAGUCCAUGAAAAAUAUCCUGAGCUCUAAAAAAAAAUUGUAACUUGAAUUUAGGCAGUUUCAGUGAAAAAGUAUAAAACCAGAGGCUGUAUAAAAAGCAAUUCUGAUUUGAGUGUGCUACCAGUAAACUGCAUAAACCACCAAUGCCUUACAACUGGGAUCACCAUGUCCUGUUAUAAACUUACCUCUGAGCCAUUUGGUGCUCUUGAGACACUGUUUUAAAAACAUUAGUGCAUAACGCUGAGUGAAUGCAUAGUACACCUCUGAAUUUUCAGCUUGAGAGAUGGUAUUUUGAAUGUUCUUGGCUGUUUGCAUCAGGUAUGGCCAUCCUAGAGGGCAGCUUGAGUUUUGGGAAGCUUGGUCUUCUGAGAUGAGAGAUCACCUUGGUGGUUACUUUAUCUAAAUUACACAAUAGGGUGUGGUUAGAAUCUAGAGAAUGCCACAUGGAGAGCAAUGUAGACUAUGUGUGCCCCUGUGUGUUGGAUUUCACAACAAAAUUAAUUGGUUCCUGCUGCUUCUACUACAAUCAGCACUCUUCCUUCUUCUUGGAGCUUACAGUAACCCUAAAACUUGCUUCAGAGGGAUAGGAAAUCCCCUGGCACAGGUUUUGGCACCAUGGAGGGCUGCAAUAGGUGAGAAGAAAAGAAAAGUCCAAAUUUUUGAUGGCUUUAGAUAUGUACACCAUUGUAUUUUACAAAUUCCAAAGAUCUUUCUGAGUUCAUGCAUACUUGACACAUGAUCCUGGGAUUUGCACAUUCAUUCAUUAUUUGGGUGAAUCUGAAUAGAAGCACUUUGGUACAUUUUAUACAAGGUACACAAAUUGGUCUUUGGGGUGUAUCUUGGGUACUGAUUAGAUGGCUUGAAUGUAGGGGAAGAAAUGUGCCAGAAUUGGCAAAUUUCCUUGAAAGGUAACUGGGGGCAUCUUCUGCCCUCAGUCAUCACAUGAAAGCAAAAUAUCAAAAGACAAACCUUUUGAUAAUUUGUUACUACAAGGUAAAUUUGAAAGUAGUGAACGAUGGAUACCCCUUAAAAGUUAUUUUUAGGAAAACAGUUGUGAUCAGGGGUUCCUUUUUUCCAGGAGAGUAGUCUUGUAAGGGUUUUAUAUGAAAUUCUGACUAGGGGUGUGUUUCUACACUAGAAUGAAGCAAUCACUGUCAGGAUAAGUUCAAAUUCCAAAGGCAGUAAAGCAUUUCUUUUAUACUGUUAAAUAUUUCUGAAAAGCACAUUAAGUGAAAAAUAGUUAGCUCUGUAUGUACUUCUGUAUGCUUGCUUCCUUAUUCUUGUGCCAAAACCUCUAAGAAUGCAGUACAGAAGUUGCUAAAAAGCAGCAAAAUUGCCACUGGAUAUCUCUAUCCAAAGACUGCUUCAAUCAUGACAAGAUUUCCUGGCCAGAAAGCGAUAAGCUAUGUCUUCCCAGGAUGUGAACCUACAGUAAACAGAAGGCAGCAUUCAUUCAUAUUGGUCCCUUAUUGUGUACAUGGAAAGGCCUUUUGAGAAGGAAAUGUGUCAUGAUUGAAGCAUCCAUAAUGAAUUGACAUUCCAAAACCUGCAGAGGUGACCACAUCCAUCAGGUGCCAAAGUAAUAUCCUCUCACUGUUUCUAAAAAUGUAGGUGCUUUCAGGUUGCAAAAAGUGAGCAUCUCCUAACCUUCAGUAGUUCUGAAAUCCCAUUGAAAUUAAUGGUACUUUAAUUUACACUUAAUGUGAUUCUUAAUGUUAUUUUUAUGGCUUGAACUAUCUGGUUGAUUUUCCAAGUGGUCUGAACAACCUUUUUUCUUGCAUGACAAAUGGAUAGAGUCCUUCCCCCCCCAAAGUUAAGAAUGUGAAGUUUUAUAUGAAAAAUACCUAAGAAUAAUCAGAUUGUUGCAUUAUUUAUGUGCAAUAACCUACAUUAUUUUCAGUAUUUUCCUGAAUUUUCUUUCUUAUACAUAUAGCAAGUUAUUGAUAGAUUUGCUCUACUUUCAUAUAGACAUACAAAAAGCAUUUGACCAAGAGAUACAAUUUUAUUCUGCAAUAAUUAAGUGGUGCGGAGGGCAGGAGUAGCACAUUGGUUUAGUUCUCACUUGCUUCUGGAUCUCCCAAGUGUUUCUCUUGAAAAUUAGUUGUGCCAGAAAAUUAACAAGGCCUUUUUCAGUCAUCAGGUCUGAUAGAAAGUUAUUUUUUUUCAGAGGAAAGUCUCUUGGAGAAGAAUGCUUAUUGCUUGUAAUGUGUGUGCGUGCUGGUUUAUUGUGUGUGGAGGUAAAUAGUAUGCAUGAGUAUAAGGGCAAAAAGUAUGGACCUCUGCAGGUUUGGGGCCUAAAAUAUAUUCUGUAGCAUAUUUCUUUUAAGGCCAAAGUAAACAGAAGUGGCCAUUCAAGUUAAAGCCAACAUUCUUUGCUUUCCAGUAGGGUUUCUGAUAUCCUCUUUGCUUCUUAUAUUACAGACUGGAGAUAGUCUCUUUUUGCAUAAGAUAUUAUUUUCAUAGGUCACUGUAAAUAAUGAUAAUUAUUAUUAUGUUUUGGUUUUUUUUAAGCAUUUGUUCUGAGUAUAGUGGCAGACCCCUCAAAACUGAUUUCUGCCUACUUUGCUUUUGCCAAGAAACUGUGGAAAGUGUGUGUAAUGUUUCUGGACUUCAUAUAAGACAUUUAUCAAUACCUUUGGGGAAAAUGUUGUUGCUUAUAUUGUGUGGGUACUGUGUGCAUACGAAGACAAGUCUCAUGGUCUUCUGUAAAAUAGUAUAAAGAUACCGAUUCAUACCAAUGACAGCCCAACUGAGAGUUAUUGUUCUCUCCAGAUAUUUUUUCAGUAGUAUGUAGCAGACAGCCAAGUAGGGGUUGAAUCCUGUUUUGUAGUCCUACCUACAGCAGAACAAUUUAAUUGUUCUUCAAGUUACCAAGUUCUCAUGGACAAUCUACUUGAGUUGGGACUAGCAAGUGUGUUUAGCCCUUGAUCUUCCAAAAUCUACUAGGGAUGGAAAAACAUAGGUUUUCCUAAGGUGCUUUUUUUUUUUUAACUAUUCUGACAACUAGGCCUACUAUUUAAUUCCAGAGGUGGAAGUAACAUGCUGUGGAAAAACCUUCAGCAUGGUAAUUACCAGCAGUCAGUAUUUUGUAUUUUCUAUAAAAAUCACCUCGGGAUAAUGGUACUGUCAGCCAGAUUUAUAAGUUCUAAUCCAGUGAAAGUACAAUGGUUGAGCCUAGUGAAUCCUUCACUGCCACUCGCUAAUUCAAAUAUUGGUUUGGGGGAUCUAAAUUCCCUUUUGUAUCUAGCCUGUAUAAAAGAAGGACCUAUCUAUCCAUAUAUCCUGCUUGAUCCUUCUUAAACUCAGUGGCAAGCAGCCAAUAAUUUACAUGGAAGUUUCAGUGUCUAAGUUGGGAAGGCGUGAAAAGAAGUCCUCACCAUUCUCCUCCUCCCGAAAAAAAAAGAACCUACUGUGAGAAUAAAUGGAUACAGCUACUACUGUGAGAAUAGCAACUAGAGUUUAUCUGAAGAUUUUUUUUAUAUAUAUAUAUAUAUAUACGAUAGGGUGUAUUUUUAUAUAAGAGAAACGUAUAUAAAACAUACAUGCGCACAUAUCACAUCUCUUGGAGUUUGUGAUCUAAAACAUAACAUUGCAGUCACAAUCAUUUACAAAGCAUUGGGGAAAAGAGCAAAUUCCAGCCAAAAGCUGCUAAAAGAAUAACAGGAAAAUGCAAACACAAUGUUAGCCCAGUUAUUUUUCUAGAGUGCUCCAGUCCUUCUCUGGAAAGAAGUGUAGUAUCUAUAGCAAAGUUUGGUUUCUGUGGCUAUGACAACACUCAAGAGUAAAACUGUGUAAUGCUAUAUUUUAAUUGCUGGCAAAACAAAAAAAAAACAGCUUUAAGUGCACUUUUUCAAAUUACACUUCCAUUUCUUGUUAGACUUGAAAUUUCUAAAGCGCUUGUGUGUGUGUGUACCACUAAUACAGAACUUUAACUUUUGUGUGAAAUUGUAUCUGAGAAAACAACUUUCAGUUGUUACUAAAUAAAUAUACAAGAUACCAUGA